AUGAUAUUAUGCCGUGCCAUAUCGUGCGCAUAUGUGCAGCACCUGGAAUGGAGGGACUUCACCUCCGGCCUCAUGGACGCCCUGCUCACCUUCCGGGGGGGCGACGACCUCGCCAUGCCCCGCAAGCCCAAGGAGCCCAUGCUGGAGCUUCCCAUUUUCCUGGUCGACCAGGGCGGGACGGACCUCAAGGGGAUUCUUUCCUGCAUCUCCAAGGAGGAUUACAUCCGAUGGGGAAUCCAGAUUGCAGAAAAGGGCCUUCUAGAGAGGCGACGCAGCCUGGGGAACGGGAACGGGAACGGGAACGGGAACGGGCCUGCGUACCAGUUCGUUUUCAUUGUGGAGCUUCAAGGCUGGAACUUUUCCGACGUAUUCUUCAAGCCUGUAUUGGACACGGUGUUGGGCCUGAUGCAGAUGCAGGAGGCCAACUACCCGGAGUACCUCAAGCGGAUCUACGUCCUCAACUUGCCUUGGUUCUUCGCGAUGUUCCUGGGGUUGGUGAAGCAGUUCCUGCGGCAGGCGACGCAGGAGAAGAUCGUCUGCCUGGGGUCGAAGGAGCAAUACGAGCCCGUUUUGACGCAGGCCAUCUCGAAGGAGGUUCUGCCCAAGUUCUGGGGUGGGGAGAGGGUCGACGAGGACGGGGAUCCGAGAUGCUCCUCCUUGAUCGGGAAAGGCGGAAAAGUGCCAAGGUCCCUUUACCGGACGGGGAGAGACGCAAAGGAGGAGGCAGAAAUGGAGGAGGAGAAAGGGGAGUGCUGACGGUGAGAAGGACGGUUGGCCACUCAUUGCAGCGGGUAUGACCUGUGUUGGGAAUGUCCUUUCGCCAGUCAGUUAUUAAUCAGGAAAUA